AUGCCUAGAAAGUUCUACUUCCCCAGCAUCAAGAUGUAUGACGGUACUGGCGACCCCGACGAUCACAUCGCGCAGUACAAGCAAAGGAUGUUGGCGGUUGCACUCCCUAAGGAGUCCCGCGAAGCCACAAUGUGCAAAGGGUUCGGUUCCACUCUGAUCGGACCUGCCUUGCAGUGGUACAUCAAUCUCCCGACCAGUAGGAGCCAAGAGAAGACUUCAGAUGGUCUAUACGAGAUCCUCCAGCAUCGAGUGGAACCCCUGCGAGACUACAUAGCCCGCUUCAACCAGGAGAAAGUGGCGGUCCCCGAAUGCAACAUCCCUACUGCAAUUUCCGCCUUCAAGAGAGGUCUACUUCCAGAUGGGGGGCUAUACAAAGAGCUGACCAUGUAUCCUUGCAAGACCAUGGAAGAUGUGUUGUCCCGAGCCUGGGCGCAGGUGAAGUGGAAGGAAAGCAGGACCAAAGGUCAGCCCGAUCAGAUUGAGGAGACCGAGAUGAAAGAUCCUCCCAAAGGGGAUCCAAGGACUCUGGUAGUAGAAACAGGGGCAGAGCUAGUCAACGCACUGAGACAAAUGGGCCAACAGGUUAAGUGGCCUCCGAAGAUGAAAGCACCUGACUCGUUCCGGAAUCCAGGACUUUGGUGCGACUUCCAUCGCGAUCAUGGCCACAAAACCGAAGACUGCAUCUCCCUGAGGAUCAAGGUCAACGAACUACUCCAAAGGGGAAUCUCCGAGAAUUCCUCUCAGAGAAAGCCAAGGCCCACCUCAGCAAAGAGACAGCAGGGAAAUCCAAAGGAGCUGCACCAGCCUCACCACCUCGCCAAGAUCGGGUGA